CUCUCGCAGGAGCUGCCAGUGGCGCUAUCAAAAGUGUAAAGCAUCCAAACUAUGACACUGGUUACGGGCAGUUGGCUGCUCGAUGCAGUCUUGCUGUUGGUACCCCUGCUGUACUGGUACAUGACGCGGAAGUUCGGCUACUGGAAGAAGCUGGGAAUCCCCUACUGGAAGCCGACUCCCUUCGUCGGCAACGUGGGCAGCGUGCUGAUCGGACGGAAGCACUUGGGGGAGCCGGUGUUGGAGUGCUACCACAGGGCCGGUGACGCCCGCUUUAUGGGCAUGAUCGCCUUCGACAAACCGCUCUUAAUGGUGAAGGACCCAGAGCUCGUAGGGCGCGUCAUAUCCACAGACUUCUCCACUUUCUACGCCACCAACGCAAAAUUCGAUCCUGUGUCUGACCCACUCUUCGCCAUGUCUCUCUUUGGCCAGCACGGUCCCGGGUGGAAGAAAUUACGUUCUGCGCUAAGUCCAGCUUUCACGUCUGGAAAAAUCAAACUCAUGUUUCACAUAGUAAACGAAGUUGGUCAGAACUUGGCUCGCCAUCUUGAAACCGAAAGCUCGGAAGGUACAAAACUGUUUUUCUCAGAAUUAAAUCUUUAA